UUCAUGUGAAACGGAUACGUUGUAGGGCGCCGUCCGGUCCGGCUCGUCUCGCUCAUCACGAUGAUGGACCAUUAAGCGGUUGUCUAUAAAGACAACCUCGACGACUACACACAGUCGAGAGAGAGCAAGGGGAUGUUGACUUAUUCCCCGGACCCCCUCCCUCCUGUAGUUUGUCUAAUGGAGGAAGAUGUACCCCCGAAUCCUUUUUGCAGUGCACCCCCCCACAAUGAACCUCCUCUCCCUUCCCUCUCUUCCAACACUCCCAGCUGCGAGAAUGAUGGAAAACCCAACCGCCGUAGAGCUGGUUUGUGUAAACCACAGACGACCAGUAAACCCUGGUCUCAGAUCAGCCAGACCGCAGCCAGGCCGCCCACACCAGUCAAGACCCCCACCAAGACAGCGGGGGCGACCUGCACGGCCCCGGGGUUACAGGAUGUGUCCAUUCAACUCGUGAGGGUGGAUUCUCCCCAACGGCCACCGUCUCAGAUCGCAGCACCUGACAUGGAUGUGUCGCCGUUUCCAUCAAAAGAACCGAGUUCCGCCUCAGAAAAUGGAUCACCUUCCACGAUACAGAAUGAGGAGAAACCCUUCGCUACCCGUAUGGAUUUUAGCAGUCUGCCCUUCAACAAACCCCUCCCAGACCAUCCAGAACGGGCCCCCCCGGACCAGUACAUGGGACUGGAGGUGAAGACCCCCCCCGCCAAAUCCAAAUGGGUCAUCGGCCCGUUCUUUCAGUCCUUCAAGUCAAAAAUGGCGAGUUUCAGCGAGAUCGUCAUGAGUCCCGUGAAGCUCUUCACAGCACACAGCCCUCCCGAUUCCGCCAGCCUCGCCGACGAUCCAGAUCCAUCGGACCGGCCGGAGGUCAGACCGGACCGGUCCAACGGCUGCGAAGGUCAAACGGUAGAUGACGGUCCGAACGACGACACCCUGCCGUGGAUGCCUCCUUCGGCAUCGAAAGGGCUGACGGUUGAGGAGGAAGACGAGGAACAUCUCCGCGUCGCGUCGCUCGAGCGUUCUCCGACGAAACCCUCUGAGGUGAGCGAUGCGGCCCGCGGCUCGGUACCAGUCAGCAGACCACCGGCGAUGGACAUGGAGACCAACGACGAUGAGCCGGUUCCUCCUCCUCCGCUUACCCCGGAGAAACACCCGGAACCCAGCAGAUACAUCAGCACGGAGAGAAGAGCCCAGAGGAGCAAGCGGCUGGUUCAAACGAAACCCCUUUACUCGCACUCAUUGAACAGAUUUGUGCUACGGAGCAAAUCUUUGGACAUUCUCCCCUGCAGAGAGACGCAGGAGGCUAGCUGUGCUGAGCCUCACCACAGACAGUUCUCUGUUGAGUGUACGGUGGAAGCCACCAUUGGGGACCUAAGCAAUGGUGAUGUCCUCUGUCUGGAUCAUUGUAUUGAAGGGGACUGCAGUGAAAGCUGCAGCAGCCUCUCUGUUAGGAAAAGCCCACGGAACUCUGCCAAAGAGGGAGCCAACGGUGCAUUGAAUACAAUCUCACAAACUCUUCCUAUUGGACAAGGACUGCCGGAGGCGGGCCCAGGCUCUGAUCCGGUCGGACGCAUCGGGAAAGCCAAGAGAAGAUUGACUCUUGAUCCUCAGCCACGAGGCGACGCUCGCUUGAAAAACAGGAAAAUAACCCGAUCGGAUAAAAGCACAGAAGAUCCGAUAAACGUAGACGUAAGUCUGCAUGUCACGGAGGACAGCGCAACCAGCCAUUUGAAAGAGCUCCGGAACGACCUCUCGUCGAAUGGCGUUCCCGUCUCGGAGAUGAAGCUGAACCCGCGGGCUAAGAAGGUGCAUCUUCUGAGGCGGAUGCAGAAGAAGGGAACGAGCCAACCGGAAAGUCUAUGUGCACCUAAAGAACCCACGUUGCACCGUGAAACUGAAAACCCCACUCCUGUGGUUGUUGCUGUUGACGCGUCGCAGCCCGGAAACAAGACGUCGGAUAACUUCACAAAUAAACCCCUCAACACCAGGAACCCCCGGGGGGCAACCAAGAAGGGCAUCUCGAAACCCGGCUCGCGUAAACCAGACUUUAAAUCUGACAGUAUGGAUCUGGGAACGUCGGCGACGACCACUUGCACGCGAGACGCCGACGACGAGCGGCCGUGUCCGAACGUCCCGGACCAGCCCGUGGAGACCGUGCUCUGUGGCCCCCAGGUCCCACUGCCCGCUCGGCCCUCAGGUUUGGGCAGGAAGCGGGACCUUUCGCCAGAGUGUGACGCAGACGUUUCCUCAAGUCUGAGCACGUUAACAAACAUGAACCAAAUGCCUAAGCUGGCGAAACGUGCGGCAGUUUGUAAGCAAGCGCGUCCAACUAAAGCGCGGGGAGUGGCCGCGGACCACACCUCCGAGGCCCUGUUUGGAUUAGAUUCCGUCUCCGCCGUGCUGGAUGUCCCCGUGACUGCCAAGAGGAGUCGGAAAACCGGAGUCAAGAGGCCCAAAAAGGACUGUGGUGAAACCGACGACCUAUCGUCGCAUGCAGUAAACCCGGCGCCACACACACAGCGUGUAAACGGUCACCGGGGGAAUCACUGGAAGCACAAGACCAUUCCCGUGCACGGAGGCGAAAGGGACGAUGUUCUCGGUAGCGCUGAAGCUUCCGCCCAGGGGGCCGGGCGUCGUACGCAGGGCGCGACCGCCAACGGGCUCCUCGGCGUCCCGUCGGCCGAGGCGACGCUCGGCAAACGAAGCGUGAAGGUAAACCACACGAGGCAGGAGAGCCGAAGGAGGAAGGAAAGGCUGCUGUUCGGCGCCGACGUCUUCGAGGAACGCGCCGUCGAGGAACGGGGGACCGGGAGGACCGACCUGAGGGAGCUGGACUUCACCUCCUCCUCCAGGGUCCUCCGGCGCAGCGUCUCCUGCCCGGAGAUCCACUCCCUCCACCAGCACCACGCCCUGUGGCCCUCCCCUCUCUACUCGCCCCAGCCCAGCAAAGGACGUGUCGCCCACCAGUAUCACCACCACCAGCACCCCCACCCCCACCCCCACCAGCCGCUCCACGAUGUCCACCGGUUGCCUCGCGUCCUCUGCAAGCCCCGGCGCACCCGCCGCCACACGGUCAGCACCGCGGAGGUGGCCCGGGAGAUCGCCCCCUUGUGUCUGCGCAAGGAGGUGUACCCCUCCAGGAGGUCCGGGGGGCCGGGCGCCACCAGCCCGGCCUCCCCCUUCUCGCUCUCGGCCCUGGCCUCCUGUUUCCUCACCAGCCCCAUGGCCUUCCUCUCCCGGCGGCUGGACGGGAAGAGCGCCACCGCGGCGGCGGCUAACUGUGCUAGCACCGCGGCGGCGGCGGCGGCUAACUCCCCUGGCGCACACGGACACCACUUCUCGCCGUCGCCGUCGCCGUCCACCGACUCGUUCCACUCUGCCGCCUCAUCCUCCUUCGCGGCCUCCUCCUCCUCCUCCUCCUCCUGUGUUUUCACCUCUGCCUCUCCAGCGUCCGUCUCCUCGUCGCCGUGGCGACUGUUUCGCGGGUUCCACGCGAGGGCUGACCCCCCUGCGGUCAGCGUGUCCCCCGUCCACAGCGCGGCCUCCCAGAUGCCCAUGGAGAGCGAGGCGGAGAGGACCGAGGAAGAGGAGGGUGAAAACACACACUACCGCCGGCAGUUUGAGGAGAAAUCCCUGUCGGACUCCGAGAUCAAGGUGGUGAAAAUUACCGAAGAAAGAGGCAAGGUUUCAUCCAUCCGAAUCCGCAAAACCCGUCCCAAACCGCAGAACAACCUCACUCCCAUGGGGCUGCCCAAGGCCAUCAGGCUGAAGAAGAAGGAGUUCAGCCUGGAGGAGAUCUACACCAACAAGAACUUCACCGCGCCUCCAGAAGGCCGCCUGGAGACCAUCUUCGAGGUGCCACUGAGCCGCCGCAACGGCUCCACCUCUCUGUUCGGCCAGCGGCGCCUGAAGCGCGCCGUGGAGUUCCCCGAGGCGGGGGAGGCCCGACGACCGAAGAAGCCGCUCGGGGGCGGAGCCGGCGGCGGCGGCGGCGGGAAGCAGGGCGGCGUCAGCUCGGCGGGCAGGCCCCGGCGCGGGGGCUACCAGAGCGCCAAGGAGACCCCGUCUCUGAGCGCCCAGGACGUGGACUCGCUGCUCUGUGCCAAGCUGGACCAGCUGGACCUGCUGCUGACGCUGAACAACGGGGGGGCAACGCUGUAAAGCCAGCCGCUAAGGUAGCUGACAAAUUAACUGUCCCUUUUCGUCAGUUAGUUUAUCAGUCUAGCUAGUCGCUAAGCUAACUGACGAAGGGCAGUUAGUUUAGCGACUCUGUAUAGCGAGUCGCUAGGCUAACUGAUGAAAAGCAGUUCGUUUAGCGACUCUUUAUAGCGAGUCGCUAGGCUAACUGGCGAAAAGCAGUUAGUUUAGCGACUCUUUAUAGCGAGACGCUAGGCUAACUGACGAAAAGCAGUUAGUUUAGCGACUCUUUAUAGCGAGACGCUAGGCUUACUGACGAAAAGCAGUUUGUUUAGCGACUUUGUAUAGCGAGUCGCUAGGCUAACGGACGAAAAGCAGUUAGUUCAGCGACCCGCUAUGCAGCUUUGCCCCCAGUUAGCUUUGCGACUCUGUAUUGCGGGUUGCUAAACUAACUGACGCAAAAGAGCAGUUAAUAGCUGCUGUUUUGGCGGCCUUUGAGAGCGGGAGACUGGCCUAUCCCUUCCAGUACUUUCUGCUUGUUUACCAGCGACGACAAUACAAUUUAAUAAUAAAUUAAUAAAUCAAAUUUAUUGUCGCGCCGCUGAUGGAUUGCGUUGACAAUAAAUAUUGUAUAAUAAUAAUAAUAAAUAGCGUAUUUUGUACCUUUGUAGAAUUGGAAUUGUAUAUAUUUAUGGUGUCGAAGGCUGAUUACAAAGUGCCGAACAUGUGUAGCCUUUCAUAGCUGUUGUAUUUGUUUAAAUACUGUAUAAAUAUCUCCAAACAUCGCCGUUCACCAUCGCCUCGCCGUCCAUACAGUACCACCCAACCCAGACCCAACUAUUUUUUGUUAUUGUUCAGUUUUACAUUGUUCUGCUCUUUUAUACAAACCAUUUUAUUCCAAACCAAACGUUUUCGUCCAGAAGGGUUAAAAAAAACAUGGCAGACUAUUAAACAGCUGCUCAUAGUGUUUCCGUUUUAUAUUUUAACGUACAAGUGUUUCAGGAGGCGUAACUAAUAGUAAUAGCAGGACUAUGAGGUUUAAAUCGCUGCGUUCUCAGUGUGAUGUUCCAGCUUUGCUUCCUAGGGCAGCUAUUUCUCUCUCAUAAGGUUCUCUGAUACCACCUAUCGAAGAUGCUGUUGUAAAGUUAUCUUCUCAUUCUUUGUUUCAGUGAAUGUCGUCGUGUUGCUGCUGUUAAUUGCUUGCUGUUGUGGCAGUUUUGUUGCAUCAUUACACUUGCUAGUCUCCUCAGUAGCAUGCGAUGCAAAAUGUAAAUGAAAUGUAAAUGAUGUUAAUCAGGGCAAGUGAAGGAACAAUAUAUUAAACAUCUAUAUCUGUAUAAUAUUAAGCAGCUAGAGGUUUUUGUAUAAAGUGGUAACCCAGCACUGAAGAACAUACUUUCGCCUGACUUUUCUAUAACUCUAUAAAUCUAUUACUCUCCAUCGUCGUACCUGUGGUAUUUAUAUGUUAAAACAUACAAAGGUUUUUGCCUUUGCCCAAUUUCCAUGGGAUUGCCUUAACUGUAAUAUUUGUACAAUGUCUGUUUAGUUCGUGUUUGUGUUUUCUUUCACUUCUGAAAGCGGAUUUCAACAUCGUUGUCGUUUAAGUUUUAACCUGAGGUAAAUAAGAGCACAAUAUAUGGGUUUGUUGGAUGUAAUCUUGGAGGGGUAGAUGUGCUUUCGCGUACAUGUUUUGGUUUUUACAUUUUUGGAUAUACAACGGUGAACAUAUGUCAGGAAUAUAGAAAACCCAUAAGCAAUGCAAAGAUACAGGAAAAGUUUUAUUGUGGAAUUUUGUUGCAACAAAUAAGCACCUUCGUCAGAGGUUGUGAAUUGUUUUGUGAAAGUCCUAAUAAAAACCAAUUUCUAUAUAUAUAUA